ACAUGUCUCACCAAGCACUCGUCUGAGCCCUGCAUCCCCGUCUGCGCCAUCGUGCGCGCUUACCUAACGCGCCUUCCCUGCUACCUCCACCACUUCCUUCCCAAACAGGCAGUCCACGAUGCGCCUCUUCCUGCUACCCAUCUCGACGCGUCGCUCGCUCAUCUACUGCGAGAAGCUGCGCGAGAAGGCCCCCAAGGACCGCUCCAUCUUCGACAAGGUCACCCUCAAGGCCAAUGAGACCUGGGCCGCCUGGGAGAAGGACGAGAAGGCUGUAGGCAACUGGAAGAAGAAAGUCACCUUCUACGGCAACCAGGCGCUGAAGCGCAUACCGUAUGAGGAAUGGGGCCUCAAGACGCUGCCCUCCCUGACCGAGCGGCGGAAGAAAGACAUCGUGGAGGGCAAGGCAAAGCAUGAGCUUCUCUUUCCUGGGCGGUACUUGAAGCAGGAGAGGGUGACCGAGAUCCUGACCAAGCUGGCGCAAGAACGACAGGGCAUGCACCGCAGCAAACUGAUAUGGAGCGUCGUCAUCAUGCCCUUCACCGCGCCCUUCAUGCUAGUACCCGUCAUCCCCAACCUGCCGUUCUUCUACGUCUUGUACCGCGCCUGGUCACAUUGGAAGGCACUCACUGGCUCGAAAUACCUCGAGUUCCUCCUCAAGCACAACCAACCCAAGCCAAACCCCUCCUGGGCCCUUGACGAGGCAUACACCGCCGGCCUGAUGUACCCUACCCGCCAGAUAUCCCGCGCCGCCCCACGGCCGACAGAGAAGGAGGCCGACCAGGUUUCUGGUGUAGUGCACCAGCAGACCAACAACGAGAGCGAGGACGUCAUGGUACUGCAGCGCUGGAAUGGCAAGCUGAUCGCAGAGCAAUUCGAUCUGCCGGACAUGGAAGUCGAGAUCGAGCGCGCCGUCGAACAGGUCGAGAAGUCGAUUGAUGCGAAGGAGAAGUUAAUGGAGAAGAAGCUUGAGCAAGAGAAGGCCACCACCGGCGAUCAAAGAGCCAAGGACACGCUGCCAGAUCAUAUCCUGGAGAAAAUCCACGAGGAGGCUGAACACGUUGCAGAAAGAGCAAAGGAUGAAAAGGUGAAGGAGGCGGCAAAACAUUGAACACGUGUGAUGAAUAAUGUUAGAUAUGUGUAUGAUAUUCACGGAAGAUACCAGGUGUUGGCGGCAUUGGACGAAUAAUUUCACCACUUCGCGGUUUGGUAUUCAAGCCUCACGGAUGUGAAGGCCUCCAGAGGUGAAUGAGGAGCUCAAUCUUGGGUAUAAAAGUGUCUGCUCGCCUCCCACCUUUUCUCUCUUCCAGCAUCCACUUCUCUCAUAGCCUUCAGGCUUACUUUUCAGACUUCGAAACACCUUCCAGAAUUACUCGAAUCACUCCAGACGAAUUUACCAAACCUCGGAUAACCAUCCCAAACACUUUGUCGCCACCAAACCCAUCCCAUAUCAUGUCCAGCCAAGA